UAUAUACAUAUAGUCCCACGAAAACAGGCCGACGACGACAUUACGACAAGGACAAGUAUUUCGGAUUCGAAGUUUCGAAUGUUUUGAUUUAGAAGUUUGAACAGUUUAUGUAAUCACCGAGCAGCGUGCACCAUCAGAGCUAAUUAUUACAAACAUCGGAGACGACUACAAUCGUAAAUAUACAAUAUCGGCCGAUUACGAGACAACUACAGUACAAAACGUUGCACAUUGUCGACGGCGUGCAGACUGCGUGUUGGAAACUUGAACUACAUAUCAUAUGAAUAGUAUGCUUGAACGUCAGUGCGGCUGUGCGGCAGCUGUUUAGUGCUUACCACUUAACCAGGUUCGACCACAUGUCCACACGACACGCGUGCACACACGCAUUACACAUUUAUACUCGUAAUAUUCAUAAUUUGAAUGCGUACUAGUAUAUAUUUAUUAUAGUUAAUAUUACUAAAAAUCUUAUUAAAUCCUUUACAGCAAAGCUGUCUAUACUUUUAUGACAUUUCUGCGGACAAUCUACUAUCUAGCUAGUAUAAGCGAUGCGACCGACGGCACGUUCUGUUUUUAUGUAACACGCUUACACGCGUCCUGACCUCAACCAAUUCCGAACCGGUUGCACAAAUCGCGGCGCAAAUAGUCGGGAGUGCCAUGCGUUUACAUUCGCUAUGUUAUUGAUAGAUAAUUUAUAGUAUUUAAAUCUGGCUGAAUAAAUAAAUAAUAAAUUAAUAACGUGAUAAAUCCGAAGACAAAUACUCCGAUGGGUGAUACACGAGUGAACGAUAAUAUCAUCAUAGGAGUAUAGGACUAUAACCAUUGUCAGUUUUCUUUUUGUUCCGCGUUUUCGGACACGGGCCGCACGACGUUCCGUUCCACACCGCCCAGAUUCUUUGUAACACUGUGCGGAGCACAUAACACUCGCAACCCGCAGAUCGCACGCAUCGUCCGGGCGCUUCGCUCAGACGUGUCGCUCGCAUAGUCGCAUUCACUUCUCGGCCGCCUCAGGUACGACCAAUUGUCUCGCCACCGCCAAUAAUUAUCAGCACCACGUGAUAACAGCCACGCAACUCUAUUGUUACGGUUACGAUAUUAUAUAUAUCACCACGCGCCGUAAACGGCGUAAACAUCGUGUUCAGUGAGUUACGAGUAUUCGCUACGUCAUCCAUCGGUUCAGGAAACUCCGGACGCGUCAGUGUCGUCGAUACCAACACGGGUUUAAUCCUAUUAAUUGAAUAAACAAUCUGUGAUACCACAGUCGAGCCUCCUCCAGAAGUCCAGAACCACGAUCGCGGUCGAACCGAUUUGAAAUGUUGUGCCUAAACAAUGAUAGCAAGAUGCAAAUGAGGCUAAAUAUUAAACGGCAUCGACAAAAACUUCUUCAGUAUUUAGAGAAUACUAAUGAUACUGUUUUAAAACCUAAAAUCAAAUUAGUUUCAAAUAAUUUAGAAAAAUUUAAUUCAAAUCACAAUGUUAAACCAAAAAUUGCUUUUAGUACUGAAUUACUAAACUCAAAACUUGAACCAACUAAGAUUAUAAACCAUAAAACUAGAUCAACCGUUCGGCUAAAACAAUUAAAGCCUAUAAUAACUACCAAAGAAAAAAAACGUGAAGUUGUAACCAGUGUUGACAUAAAAAAAUAUAAAACCAGAUCAAGUGAUACCCUGAAUCAACUUCAACCAAACAUUAUAGUAAAUGUACAAGCUGAACUGCCUUCAUCAAAUAUUGAGUUGAAACAAAAAUCUAUAUCAAACAGUGAAAUAAUAAAUCCUCCUGAACCUAUCAUAAAAAAACUUAAAGAGCAAUUGAUCGAAGAGCUAUAUAAUAGUAGUUCAGAAUCAGAAGAUAUUGAUGAUAACAUUUCUGUUGGAAGUAAUGAAGAUUGGAGUGAAAUUUUUCCAACAGAUAAUAAGAGCGAUGUAUAUAACAAUGUCAGCAGCAAUUCAAUCCCUGUUGAAGCGGUUAAAUAUUAUGAACAAGAACAACUGGUCAAUGAAAAAAGUAAAGAAGAAUAUUCAUAUUCUAGUUGUGACAGUGAUAUCCCCGAUUUGGAGGUCAACUACCCAAACACCAGAAAGAAAAAUCGGACCAGAAAAAUGGCAAAAUCUCAACACAAAAGUAAUAACUCUAAACAGAGGUUUAGAAAACCCCAAGAUAGGUCUUUACAUAAUGCCAAAGAACGAGCAUGUCGAGAACAAAUAGCCAAAAAAUUUGAUAUUCUAAGAAAGUCUUGUAGUUAUUUGAACACAAAUAGACGUGUGCCAUCAAAGCAUAGCAUACUUUUAGCUGCCAAAAAAGAGUGCGAUUUGUUAAAACAUUUUGAAAAUAAAUUGAUCGCAGAAAAAAAAGUAUGGCGUAAAGCAAACGAUCUUCUAAGGGAGAGGAUAGCUAAUAUCAAUAAUAAAAACUACAAAGCCGACAUAGUAGAUUUAGAUUUAAACUGAUUAUGUAUUGCUGGACAAACCAGGGAAAUUUUGUGGUAAUUUUGUAAAUGUAUAUAAAUUAUACACAAUGUAUCAACUAUUCUGACCAACUAAUUAUUUAUUAUAUUUGGUAUAAAAAAAAAUUAUGUAUAUUAUUUUAGUAAUAGUUUAUUGAUAUUAUAAAUGUAUUAUUAUAUUUUAUCUGUAUAUUUUGUAUACAUAAUGCAAUGUGUACAAUUGUUGUUUAUGUUAUGUGUUUCUAAUAACUAUUAUUUUUUUUUCUUUGUAUAUUUAUAUGUAUUAACACCAAAUAUUUAAUUCAAAUUUAAAAUAUAUUCGGUCAUAGUUCAAUUACAUUUACCUAAACUAAAUAUCAAUUUGUGUAUUCUUAAUGAGAUUCUUUAUCAUGUGACAAACAAGUGUUUAAAAUCUGUUGUAUAUAUUUCUAAAAGCUCAACUCCAUUUUAUAUAAUUAAAUCGUUUUGAUGUUAUUGCACAAAUUAUUUUAAACCUCGACAUUCCGGCAAUGAUUCUAAUUUUAAGUUAUAACAUGUGAUAUUUUGAAAUUAUAAGUCUCUUAUUGUGAAAAUUGUAUAUUAUAAUUCAAAUAUUUUUUAUAUAUUUGAUUACAUGGUUUUUAACAACUUAUAUCAAACAAUUACUCUUCAUUACAAUACUCUUAUUUUGUGUUUA